UGCAGCUUCGCUUUUUUGCAGGGUGUCUUAUUUAAAGUUAGUAGCUGGCUUUUGGGCAAAGUGUAUGUGAUCACUGACAGUAAAGUGCAACACAAUAAAGGAGAUUCUAUCAUCUAUGAAGGCCAUCAAGAUGUAUGUUUGGGAAAAACACUUCCAAGAGAAAAUUACAGGAAUACGUAACAAAGAAGCAAGCAGUCUGAAGAAUGUGGUUUUCAUCCAGAACUACAAUGGAACAAUCGUUCUCAUGGUUCCCACCAUUGCUAUUGCAAUAACCUUCAUCCUCCACACACAGUUGGGCUGCCCACUCAGCAUCUACACCGGUUUUCCUGUCUUUGCUGUCAUGAACUGUGUGAAGAUUUUGUUGGCUCUGGUUCCUGCUGUGCUCAAGUUCUACUCUGAAACGUCUGUGGUGAUGAUGCGCAUGAAGCUGCACCUGCAGCAGGGAUCAGUUUCAGUCAAUGGAACAAUCGACUAUGCUGCCCAGGAGGCCUGGAUAUUCUAUGGAACAAUCAAAGAAAACAUUCUCAUGGGGGAACCCCUGAAUGAGGCCAGGUACAUCAGAGUUAUCCAUGCCUGUUGCCUAAAAACUGACCUGGACACGUUGCCCAUGCAAGAUGAGACCAUGUUGGAGGAGCAGGGUGCAAACCUGUCUGGAGGCCAGAAGCAGAGGGUUAGCCUGGCCAGAGCACUGUACUCCAACAGGGACAUAUUUCUCUUGGAUGACCCACUGUCUGCUGUUGAUGCCCGUGUGGGGAAACAAAUCUUUGAGCAAGUCAUCAAGAAGGAGCUGAAGGACAAAACAGUCAUCCUGGUCACUCACCAGCUGCAGUACAUGGAGUUCUGUGACGAGGUUCUGGUCCUGAAGGAUGGAAUGGUGCUGCAGGCAGGGAGUCAUGGAGACCUGAUGACUGCUGGAGGAUAUUACUUUGAACUGGUCACCAAGCACCAGAAUAAACAGUACAAACCCCAGAAUGUGAAGCAGGGGGCGGAGCUUAACCGGCACCAGGAUGGAGCAGGACCAAAUCCACAUGAAAUGUCUGAUGAUGAAGUCAGUUCAACAUGUGGCAGCAGUUCUGACAGUUCUGAGGUGGAGAGAACCAGGGAGGGUCUGAUCAGCUGGACCACAAUCAGCCAGUACGUCCAGGCAGCAGGAGGAUUCUUUACAGUCUUCUUGAUCAUCAGCUCCUUUCUGAUGGUGGCAACCACAGCAGUGACUUCCUGGUGGAUCAGCAAUUGGCUGCAGCAAGGACAUGGGGCUAUCAAUCUGACCUGUCCAGAGAACGUGACAUGUCCAGUGAAUGUGACUUAUCCAACUGAUGGGAAUGUGACUCUGAACCCUAACCUGCACUACUACCAGUGGGUCUGCGGUGUGCUGCUGGCUGUCAUGAUGGCACUAACCAUCAUCAAAUCAAUCUGCUUCGUCAAGAUGGCAAUGCGUGCUGCAACCACACUCCAUAACAACCUGCUGAGUAAGGUCAUGGAGAGCCCAAUGAGUUACUUUGACACUACACCAACUGGGCAAAUCAUCAACUGUUUCUCCAGAGACCAGGUUGAAAUGGACACCCUCCUACUUCACUUCAUGAACAUAUUCAUCAUGUAUUGUCUGAUUAUCCUGAGUUCAGUCAUCAUGGCCCUUGUUCUUGCCUACCAAAACCCUUGGAUAUGGGUUACUGAGCUGCAUCCGGAUGACGGCCGCUUUCAGUGGUACUUCUCCCUCUCCAGGACUCAGUUUGAGGACCUCCUGUACUGUUCGGGCGCGCACAUGUUCAAGAAGCUGAGUGAUACAAACAUCAACCACCAGUUGUUGCUUGACUACGGCUCACGGUGGUGCCGCAUUGCGUUGGACUUCAGUGCAGGAGUUUUGGCAGUGGGGAUCACAACAGCUGUGUUGCUGUUUCCUUACAAUAGCAGUGUUGCCAUGAAAACCCUUGCCUUGGUCUAUGCUGGACAGCUGCCUGGGAUGUUUCAGUACUGGAUCUUCCUCCUGGUGGAGAUAAUAGCCCGGUUCAAUUCAGUGGAGCGUGUCCUGGAGAUCACUGCGGCUGGAGCAAUCACCUUCAGGAACUACACGAUGAAAUACAGGCCCCGUAAACCCAUCGUCCUCCAUGAUCUACACCUCCACAUUGGUGCCAAGGAGAAGCUUGGCAUUGUGGGAAGGACAGGCUCUGGCAAGUCAUCCCUGGCUGUGGCUCUCUUCAGGCUAGUAGAACCAACUGCAGGACAUAUUGUGAUAGACGGCAUUGACAUCACCACAAUCAGCCCAACUGACCUCCACAAGAAACUGUCAUUCAUCCCCCAACAUCCAGUCCUCUUCACUGAGACGGUCAGGUACAACUUGGAUCCCUUCAAGAGAUACAGUGAUGAAGAGAUCUGGGCAGCUCUGGAGAAGACCCACAUGAGGGAUAAAGUAUGUUAA